AUGGCCCUGGUGAGGAGGAGGGAAGAGAGGGAAACGGCAGGAGGAUGGGCGCCACCCAGGGUCUCCACACGCCCAGGGUGGGUCACUGGACCAAGGCUUUGUCUUCAGGAAAAUGUGGGCUGCUCCCCUCUCCAGGCCCCCGGACCCCAGAAGAGAUCCUCCCCAACUGCCCCGCACAGCCUAGACCCGCCUUACUGGUGGGGGCUGCUGGGACCUGGUGGGCUUUGUGGGGUGGGGGGACACGGCAGGGGCUGGCUGCACCGUGGACCCCCUCCUGUCUGCGGGAAGCCAACGCAGCGUGGGGGUGGGGUUGGUGGUCCGCACCCUGCCUCCUCAGAGCCCCAGCAGAGGCCUCGCGUCCCGGGUGCGUGGGUCUUGCCUCUGACACGCUGUGUUCAGGGGCUGAGCCCAGACCCCUCAGCCUGGGUCGGGACCCACCUGAGAUCCCAGCUGGUGCCCCAGCCUCACUGUCAGCUCAGGGACCCCCUCCCUGCCCGACACAGGUGUCUCACCUGCCCACACUGUUCGUCACCGCCUUCCCUGGGGUGCAGUGGGGCACACACAAUCCCCUCCGCUCUGCCUGGUGGCUGUGGGCUUGGGGAGGAAGGAGGAAGAGGGGGUGGGGCUGGUAGGCAGAGGGCAGAAACGGAGGUACCCUCCCCGCGGGCCCCCAGGGGGACCUGGGAACACACACAUGGAAGCAGGGCAGUGAGGCAGCUGGACAGGGGCUCCCCAGGCCACGGACCGCCUGAGGCUGUUUCCUGCUCUGACCCCACUUGGCAUCCAGACCCCAGCGUCCUGUGCCAGGGAGAGAAAGGGGCAGGUCAGAGCUGUCCAGCCUGGGAGGCUCCCCUGGGCAGCUCGGGAUGGGGCUCUCCUGGGGGAGAACUGGCCCCUCGCCCCUCACGUGGGGGUGAGCCCUCGGCCAGCCUGGAAAAAGUGAGUCUGGUGCUCCUGGCUGUUGGCACUGGCAGCCCCGCUUCCCGCUCGAGUGUCAUCCGUCUGGAAUGCCAGUGGAAAAACCUGCCCUGGCCCUGGGGCUCCUGGUUGGGCAGUUUGGGGUGCUUAGGGGCCCAGGCUGGACUCGGGCCACCCCUGCCUCCCCUUACAUGGGGCUGGGGGCUCCCACCUUCCGCUGGCCAAGCUCCCCUCCUUUCUCAUGCCUGGUGAGUGGUGGAAGGAAGGUGCAGCUGGGGAUGGGCUCUGAGUGCUUUCUCCAGGGGACAAAGGAGCCCCAGCGUCCUGUCCCCCAAGGCUGGCCCUUCAGGUGACCCUGACGAGGAGCACCUGUCAGCUGGGUGUGCACAGGUGUGGAAUCAGGUGAGUUCAGGCCUCUCAAAACUGCUCAGGGUGCCCUCCCACGUAGGGCCCCACACCCCGCCAGCGCUGUGCGGCCCCCCAGACAAGCGCUGCCCCCCCACAGAGGUCUGUCUGGGGAGCACAGUGUCCACAAGCAGAGGGCUCCCCAGGCAGGUAAACAGUGGUGGCUGCUGGUUUGGGUACAAUCACUUCCCAAAGAACAAAUUCCUGGAAACAUGAGGGGCCUGGGGAACUUGGACGUGUGGGUUUCUUGUUGAUAGGGAAUGUCCCGCAGCUCCUGGGGGCCAACGGCCCGUGACACGGACUCACGGGUCUGCACCACAGGGUCCCCGCCAAGCCUGCACCGCCCGGAGCCCGGGGUGGGAAUGUGCCUGUGCCUGGAAAACCCAUCAUCCGCACUGGCUCUGGAGCCCCAGGGAAGCGAGACGGCUGCUUGGCUGUGAAACCUCCUGGAUUCCCGCUCCUUCCCCGCCCCCUAGCCUCCCCACCACCUCUGGAAGUCGGGGGCGGGGGGGGGGGGGGGGGGGGGGAUGUCAAGAACAGAGUUCAUUGUCUCAGUCCCCAUUGGGUGCCCUCCCCCGGGGAGGGGGUCCACAGCCUGCCUGGAACCCUGGCUGGGGUGGGGGCUGGGGGCUGGAGGACGGGGGCUGGCGGUCGUGCAGGGAAGCACCCCGAGGCCUGGCAUUCGCCCGUCUCCGGAUGCAGCGAGACACCCCAUCCUGGCCAGUCCUUGUCCCACUGGCUCUGCUGCCCAGGGUCUUCCAGAGGGGCACGGCCCCCCCUGCAGAGGCCUCUGCUGCCGCCAGCCCAAGCCAGCCCCGCAGACGGAGUCCGAGUUCAUGGUA